AUGGGAGAGUUACCAAAGAAGAUGGGAGAUCCUAGAUGUCUCACUCUUCCAUGUGAAUUUGGGAAUAAUUUGAAGACUUAUUCUUUAGCUGAUUUUUGGGAUAACAUAAAUCUAAUGCCUUACUCAUUUUAUCAAACGCUUAAUAUUCCAAAGUUGAAGGCUACAAGAAUGAAAAUUCACAUGGUCAAUCAUUCAAUGACAUAUCCUAGAGGCAUUGUAGAAGAUAUUUUAGUUAAAAUUAGAAAAAUCGUUUUUCCAAUUGAUUUUUUCAUAAUGGGCAUGAAAGAAGACAAUAAUGUUCCAAUUAUCUUUGGUCGCCCUCUACUUAAUACUGCUAGAGCCUUGGUUGAUAUUCGCGAAUCCAAGCUUACCUUGAGAGUGGGAAAUGAUGAAUCUACUUUUGGAGUAGAAGAUGGCUCCUAA